UCGGUUUCACCGGCCUUUUAUCCGAUCGCUUCCCGUUUUCGUGCUCGCGGUCUCCUCCCUCGCCUUCGUUGCUGAUCGUAUUGCUAAGCGACUGGGGCGCAAGAGAUCGGCUCAUGGCGCAUAGCGCUGCUGCUUGUUUCCUCCCACUCCUCUUCACGGCGCUCUUCCUCCUCUCCUCGUGCAGGUUCGGCUCCGGAAUCCCGACCAGGUAUGACGGCUUCUACUACAGCGGCGGAGGAGGGGAUUGGAAGGACGUUAUCGUGGUGGACGCCUUCCUGGACCCGCUUUGCCCCGACAGCAGAGACGCGUGGCCGCCGCUGAAGCAGGUCGUCCGGCUCUACUCCCCUCGUCUCGCCGUCAUCGUCCAUCCCUUCCCCCUACCUUACCAUAACAAUGCUUUUCUUGCCUGUCGUGCUCUUCAUAUUGCAAACAAGCUGAAUGCAUCAUCAACAUUCCCCUUACUGGAAUUGUUCUUCAAAUAUCAGGAGAGGUAUUAUAAUGGACCCACAAAAAGCAUGUCAAGAUCUGCUAUAAUUGAUGACAUGGCUAAGCUCGCCAAUGGGGCUGUUGGAAACUUUUCUGAAUUCCUCUCAGGUUUUGAAGAUUGGAAGACUGAUAUGGCAGCAAGAACCUCCUUUAAGUAUGGGUGUACAAGAGGGGUCGCUGGCGCACCAUUCUUCUUUGUUAAUGGAUUUCUGUUGCCUGAUGCUGGAUCAGCCCUCGACUUAGAGACAUGGAUAAGCAUCAUCGGCCCACUGGUGAAGAAUCAAAGGGAACAGUGGCUGUGUCGACAUGGUCCAUCCAUAUAGCUCAGAUAAGUGUUCAGCCUAAGGAGUUGAGGAGGAUCGAGUUGGAAACAGAUGAAACUUAAGGCUGAUUACAUGUGUGCAGAAUUAAGUUCAGAAGAGGAUGCAAUAUGGAUCAACAUGAAGAGGCCUCUCUCUCUCUCUCUAUACUUUCUUAUAAGAAAUAGCUCAUCUUUCUGAUCAAUGAAGAACAGGAACCAUGUGGUAGAUGAGACCUUUGCUCUUUUUUUAUACAUUUAUUUUAUUAGCUGCUGAAUUAGCUAUGUACUGCUGAUGGCAUUUUCCACUGCAACACAUGAUUAAAUGAAACUGUGUACUCAAAAGUCAAAUAACUAAUUAUGUGAUUCUCAUGUCCUUUA